AUGGCUCUCGAACACAGACUCACCAAACUCUCCCUUCACCAGAGGGGAAAAGACAUUGUUUCAGCCCCAGAAAGGCCUAAUGAUGCAACUGGAAAACCCUACGAACUCGCCUACAAGGCCGAAGAUGUUCCUGUUAUCCCCGAUUCCAGCAUCUUCAAAUUUGAAAACAUUCCAAAUGGCAAUUCAACAACAAAUCCGAAAACUCCGGACUUGGCGCUCCCGAACGUAGCUGAAUGCGCCACACAUCUCGAAUUCCUGGAAACACUCUUUGUCCUGCGACAAAACAUCCUUGUGUCCAAAGACCUGGAUGAGGUUAUGCAGACGGAACCUCGGAGGGAGGAAAAGACGGGUGCGCAAGGUGAUACGAAGACGUUCAAGGACGAAAACCUGUGGGAACGAAGACAGAUUAAGUGGCCUCUGUAUGUGGAAUUUGCAACCAUUCGCUUUCUUGCAUGGCGAAGAGAGUUCAACACGUCCACCAUUACAGAAAUCACACGACAUAACCUCCCGCCAUUGGAUAUUCUCAUGGUAUGGCACUCCUUCCUCCUGAACCCAAAGCUCUUCUGCAAUACCUGUUCAGAAGAGCCUUUUUUCUCUAUCAAGUUUCCCUGGGAGCAUAUUCACGAGGCCAUCGAUAACAAUGAAUGGCAAUUUACACUCAACUCAAUAGCAUCUGGUCGCUACGAAAAUAGUCAUGGGUUCGCGCCAGAUCUAUUUAGCGAUAUGGUAUCUUGGAAAAGACUAACUUAUGCCACGCGCCGAGAGAUUCCUCGUAUGGGAAUAAAACGCGUGUUGUAUUCACCAAAAGUAUACGAAAGCCCUUGUAAGGAAUACAAUAAUCUUUUUGAGACUAUUGGUUCAACGCUAGCAGAGCAACUACGCGAUGCUGUUAUUCGACAGGCUUCGUUCGUUGACAAGAUGAAUUCUCAUAUGUGGAUUCGAAGCCCUGCACUCGAGGGAACUAUUCGCCGUGGAAUUAGUCGCUACCUCAACUUUUGCAAACUCAUCAAGAUGUCAAAAAGCACUGUCGUACCGACGCUGGAUAUAGAUCUCAUUUGGCAUACGCACCAAUGUACAGCAAAAUACUACGGUCGAGCGAUGAAGGUUCUGGCUGGCAAGUUCGUCAAUCACGAUGAUACGAUCGAAAAACCCCAGUUAGGAGACGGGUUUACGGAAACGAGGAGUCUGUAUCGUGUGCAUUUUGGACAGGAGUAUCGUGCCUGUGGGUGUUGGGACUGUCAGGCCUUGUUAACAGAGCUUGAAAAAGUCUUGGAGAGGGGUGAAGAGCCUGACAUAGAUGACAUUGCGGCGAGGGUGAAGGAGGAUGUAUUUUAUCAUCGUGCUGUGGAGUGGUCAAGAAGACACAGGGUCACAUUGCCAAUGAGGAGGAGAAGUAUCAUAGGAGCUGUUCCGUUAUAG